AUGAAGUCCGCCCUAAAGGCGAGGGCGCCUUUGCGGGCGCCCGUGCUAAGUGCCCUGACCGGCCUCAUGCCUCGCAAGGCGUCGCCUAAGGCGGCCAAGGCGGAGACACUCGAUGCGGAGCUCAAGAGGCACCUGGAGGAGGUGGGCGCCCUGACCGGGGAGCUGGACCUGCUCUUCGCGGAGAUGGGGCGCCAACCCUCCGUGAUCAAGGCAGGGCAACGCUACGAGUGCCGCAUCGCCGCAGGCAUGACACGCACGCUGGAUGUCCGUCUGCCGCAGCACGGGGACGCGGGGGAUUUUGUGGUGCAGGUGAGCUGCCGCCUGAACGAGGACAAGCACAUCACGGACAACGAGGAGCAACCUUCCGGCAAGCUGCCUCCGGAGCCCUUCGCCCUGGGGAUUUGCGACACCGCGCGGCAGGCUGCGGAGGAGAGUCCCUUGAGGGAGUUCCGUGCCCCUGCAAUCGCGCAGAGCUUGAGCUUCACCACUGAUUUCAGCGGCUUCUUCGUGGUCCUCACAGCAAAGACGGACUGCCACGUGGUCUUCAUGAGCAAGGCGAGCGCCAAAGGCUUCGUGCCCCCGAAGUUGCGGGUUCACUACAGCACCGGCACGGACUCGGACUCGGAGCUGGAGGCUUGCCCGACGCGGGCGAUGAAGAAGCUCAUGAAGAAGGUAAAGCAGUACAAGAAGACCAAGUUUGUCGAGCGGAAGUCUCCAGGUCGAGUGCACAAAGCAUUGGCCGCCCGCCGUGAUGUGAAGAAGGGCGUCAGCUUUGGGGAGCUGGUCUUUCCUGAGGGCAGGCCUGUGAAGGAGCAGCACCAGAUCGAAUACGCCCAGAUGAAGAUCUUGCAGCUCUGGCUGGGCCGCCGGCGCAUGGAGAGAAAGCGGCGGCCUUCUUGGGCCAAGAAGCUCUCGGCAGAUUUCCCGCACAAGCUGGCGCACUACUUGGUGAAGACUCGGCAGGAGCAGAGCAUGCUGACGAGCAUUGCCAUAGCCGGCGGCUUUGCCUUUUUUCUGCAGCGACAGAGGGAGCUCCACCUCAUGCGCUGCCGCAGGGCGCUACGGCAGGUGGCCUGGUACAAGGCGCUCUUCACGUCCUCGCACCUGCUGAUCUUUGCGGUGUUUAUGAUGAAGGGCCGGCAGGCCAAGCGAUCGCCAUCCACAGCAGUGCCCAGCUCGAGCUCCAGAAGGCUCUCCUUGAGGCGUCGCUCCUCCGAGCAGCUGGACCUCUUCUUCCAGGAAGCGAACCCACUGCUCAUGGUGCGAAAGUACCUUCGUGGCUCCCGGGGAAUCAGCCGGGGAGGGAGCAUGCGGCCGAGCGAUGGAGGAGCGUCUCCGUCUCCAAAAACAGGAUCCCCACAAGCAUCUCCAAAGGCAAGCCAGUCGCUGGAGCAGCACUUGGCCCAGCAAGGUUUCUGCCUCUACCCUGCCUUCCCGGAGAAGAACACCCGCACGCUGCAGCGGAACCAGCUGGCCAAGGGCCUUGCAGCGCGCCUGGGGCGACAGACCACGCGGGCGCCGCAGGUGGUGUCCAACUUGGCCCAGAGCGGGCCGCAGGACGAGAUGCAGCAGGCCAUUCAGGAGAUCAGCCAGUCGACGCUGAUGAUGACCAUCAGCCCCCGCGAGGCAUUGGUCGCCAAAGGCGAGGCUGAGGUGGAACUCAUGGGCGCGGAGCACUUUCAGGCUUUCUACCUGCAGCGGGUCCAGAGCGCAGCAGACCAGCUCCUGAAGCAGCGUGCCCGUGAGGCAGAGGUGAAGGUGGUCCGGGCAGAGGUGAAGCUGAAGGUGAAGAUCGUAAAGCGGUAUCUCCUCCGCUUCUUUGAGCCCGAUCUGCCGGAUCAUGCCUGGCUCAGCUUGCAGCAGAGUCUGAUGCUGGUGAUCCGAGGCAAAUCCUCGUACCUCACGCCAUCUGAGCAGAUGCUUCUUGAUGACAAGCUGAAGAACGUGAACGAGGAGCGUCGUGCCGCAACCACCUUGCCGGGCCUUUUUGCGCCCCUGGAGGCGGUGCUUCUGUGCCACCCAGUCAUCGUGGGCGUCACCAGCCGCCUGCAGAAGGAGCUGGCCAAAGUGGAUAGCGUCGUGUCGUGGAAGACUACUUUGUUCGAGGGCCGCUGCGAGAAGAUCUCGGGGCGAGACUUAGAAGGCCAUCAAUUUCUUCCCUCCGAUGGCCGUGCCAGCGAGAUGCUGCGAAGAUGCGUCAACGUGGGCGGGCCAUUCAACGGAUCCACGGCGAUCGUCUACGAGGAUUUCCCGCCAGCGAGCCGCGAGAGCUUCUCGGCGGCCACGGGCUCCGGGGGCUCCUGGCGGUCCUUUGGCAGCCGUCCGCCGGAGGGGCUCGACACCGCGCGCUGGCGCCCGGAAGACCCAGCGAAGCAGCUGCCGCCUCUCACGGAGCCACGAGACUUGUGGCUGGAGGAUGCUUGCCGAGACCGGCGUGCGCAGACUGCCGCGUCGGUGGCCAGCAGAUGGGGGGAGAGAACCGCCGAGAUGGUGGCAGACGGUGAGGCCCGAUCGCAGCAGCGUUACCGCUCGUGGGCGAUGUCAUCUCUGGUACCCCAGGAGGCGAGAGAGUGGAAGGCAAAAGUGCUGCCUUUUUUCGAAGACUUCGCCUCCAGCUGUGAUGCCAUCACGUCCAAAGUCUCCGGGAGCCUUUCUGCGAGCCCUCGCCUGGAGGAGCUGACGCUCAGACCGUCGCAGCUGGAACUGAUGCUGCCGGAAGGAUGGCCAUCCUCCCAAGGCUUUGCGCCAAGCGAAGGCCGAUCGAGUGAGAAGGAGGGUGAUAGUGCGAGCCCGGCUUGGCCGCCCACCACGCCGCAGCAGGUGGGCCAAUGGCUGGCGCAGCAUGACGCUUUACAAAGCGUGCAGAGCGACGACGUGAAGCCCACCUGCGCCUGCGGCUGGAAGUCGGGCUUCCGCAAAGAUCCCAUGAGUAUGGCGGAGGUGCAGCGGGUUCGCAUCCUGGAGCGGAGCAACGCGAACUUUGCCAAGCGCCGAAGCGGCGUGGGCGACAAACGAGUGCCGGAGGCGCAGGGCCAGCUGGUGGCGCUGAAGCGGGCGCGCGUGGGCCAGCUCUCGGAGGUUGCCUCCGACAAGGCGCAAGAGGAGGCUCAGCUCUUGAUGCGCCUCAGCCAGGAGUGCCCUCAUAUUCUCCAGUGCUUUGACUUCCGGCUGGCAAGCACCACGCUGCCUGUGUUGGAGUUGCUCUUGGAGUUUGCCCCGCUGGGGGACCUGAGCGGAAGGAUUCGGCAGCACAAAGAAUGGUGCCACUCCGCCACCCAAGAGGUCGUCGGCAUGCCGGAGCCGGAGCUCGUCUCCUACGGCUGCGACAUCGCAACGGGGCUCGCUUACUUGCACGGGCUGCGGCCCAAGAUCCUUCAUCGCGACAUCAAGCCCGCGAACAUCUUGCUCUUCGCUGACGAGGCGCUCAUCUUCCCGCGGGCCAAGCUCGGGGAUUUCGGCAUCGCCAAGAUCCUAGAGCUGGAGACCUCCAUCGCGGGUGCCGCCACAGUCAUAGGCACCCCGCAUUACUUCGCGCCCGAGCUUUGCAGAGGCGAGCAGUAUGACGAGCGGGCCGACUCUUGGGCGCUGGGCUGCAUUCUCUAUGAGAUGCUGUGCCUGCACCGGCCCUUCCAUCAGGUGGAGGGCAACUUGGCAUUGCUGGCGGUGCGCAUCUCCGAGGGGAAGUUGGACCGAGCCGCCCUGGAGAAGCAGGCCGAGCUGUACAAUGGGCGCCUGAUUUUGGUGCUCACCGGCCUGCUCUGCCCCACCGUGGAACAGAGGAGCCGGGCUGGGGAGGUGCUGGAGUCCUUGCAGCACCUCCAGGCCAAGCACGACACCACCUCGCUGCCUGCUCCCACCGCCUGGUGGCGAACGCAGCGGCUAGAGGAGUCCUGGGGUUUGGAGAACGAGGAGAUGUUGGACGAGGAGUGGGAGGCGCCGGACAGCUGGCGGGAAGCCACACUUGCACAGCUGGAGGGCCUUCUGUCUCAGUUGCCGGAGCUGCGUAGCCCGCACAAGGCAGAGGUCACCCUGGGUGUGUCGCAGCUGGAGGCCUGCUGGUUGCCAGGUGAGGGUGAGCCCGUCACGGCUCGCACUGAUAGGACGUUGCCGCCAUCGCCGGCACUCUCUCCCCAGGGCCGGUGCUUUGGCUCCGAGCCAGGCACAGAAUAUUUGGGGGAGUCUCCGGGGCUUUGCGCGUCGCCACCGGCUGCCUCACGGGCUGCUUGGGCAGAGACCGAGGCACCCACCUUUGGGGAGCCCGUCGCUCCUUCGGCCGAAACGCCACUGAGGCAGACUGCCACGAGGCUCUUCUUCCGACCUGUUCGGCAAGGGAGUUACUUGGAGCCCCCGUGCGCGCCUGCACCACGACCCCACACGGGCAAGUGGCUGUUUUCCGAGCUCUCCGAAGACGAGGUGAUCUUUUGCUUCGCUCCGAGCGGGACGCCGUUGGAGAAAGCCGGGAUGGGGACUCAGCCGCCACCGCCCUCACCUACUGCAGAGCCAGCAAUGGACGGAUGGCAGGAGGUCGAGGUUGCCAGCGCCACGCUGCCUCCACAGGACACAGCAUGGCGCUCGGGCAUUUUCGUCGUCCGAAAAGUGCUGCUGAGCCGCCACGCAAACGAUGUCGCCCUGGCACUGCUACACGGAAGGUCGAAGUGAGAGAUUCGCACAAACGUUUCACCAUGUUUCACCCAUGGUCAGACUUGUUCUAUUUAUAGCCUGAAAGUGUCCACGAAGGCUCCUCAUCAUAAACAUGAAAUGCAAGUCCUUUGUUCUAUGAUUAGGUUGCAGUCCGACUCCAGGG